AUGGAGGGAGCCCCAUUGAUAAUUGACAAUGGGUCCUACAGUAUCAAGUUUGGUUCAGCAGCUAAUGAAAACAAUGAGCCGAUUAUUAAACCAUUCAUUGCAUCUAAUUGUUUAGUUAAGGAUAAAUAUAAUGUGUCGUACCUUUCAAAUCAGGUAAAGGACAUUAAAGAUAUAUCUUCAGCGGUGAUACGAAGACCGCAUGAACUGGGCCAAUUAGUUUCAUGGGAGUUAGAAAGUCACAUCUGGGAUUAUUGUCUCUUUAACCCGGAUGAAUUUGAUGGGUUUGACGUUAUUGAUUCAGCCCAGAAGGAUUUAGUGUUGAGUGAAGCUUGCAUUACUAUUCCUGAGUUAAGCAAACAUACUGAUCAAGUUGUAUUUGAAGAAUAUGAUUUUAAAAGUAUGUACAAAACAUGCAUAGCAGGAUUUAUACCUUUUAUUUCCAAUGAUAAAUACAAGAUAAUAUCGGGUAAAGAUACGGAAGAGCCGUCAAGGUCUGGAUUUUCUAAUGAUGAUGACGAUGUGGGGAAUGGCUCUAAAAAGGAUUAUAGAGACUAUCAACUUGUGAUUGAUUCAGGAUUUGAUUGUACUUAUAUUGUACCUGUUAUAAAGGGUGUUCCGGUAUAUAAGGCUGUUAAGAAGUUAGAUAUAGGUGGAAGAUUUUUAAAUGGGCUAUUAAAAGAAACUUUAUCCUUUCGUCAUUAUAAUAUGAUGGAUGAAAGUAUAUUAGUUAAUGAAAUCAAAGAGAAAUGUUUAUUUGUAAGUCCAACAUCAUAUUUUGAUAGUUUCAAGAAAAAAGAUAAAAGAUCAGUAGUAUAUGCUUUGCCUGAUUUUCAAACAAGUGUUAUGGGAUAUGUCGUUAGUUCAGAUCAUCCGCUAGCAGAUAAUAGUCAAAGUAUUACCUUAAGGGAUGAGUUAUUCUCGAUCCCCGAGACAUUCUUCCAUCCAGAAAUUGCACAAUUAUUAAAACCUGGUAUUGUAGAGACAAUUUUAGAGAGUUUAUCAAUGUUACCUGAAGUGAUUAGACCAUUAAUUGUUGGCAAUAUUGUCUGCACAGGUGGGAACUUCAAUUUACCACAUUUUGGUUCAAGACUAUGUAGUGAAUUACAAAGACAACUACCUACAGACUGGACAUGUCGAAUUGCGCUACCGAAGGGUGAUACUUCCUUAUUCGGAUGGGAAGCCAUGCAAGCUUUCGCUCAGACAGAAACUUAUCGGAAGAAUAGAGUAACAAGAGAAGAGUAUCUGGAACAUGGAGCUGAGUGGUGCACAAAGAAUAGAUUUGGAUAUCAGACUUGGAUAUAA